GUUGGACUUCCCGGCCCUGAAGGGGGCCAGGAAGGUGGGGAGGUGGCGCCAGCGGGGACGGCCGGGCCUGGAGGGGCGGGGCCUGGCUCAGCUCCCAGUUCCCGAGGCUCGGCUGAGAAGCCGGGCGGCAGCAGGACUGCUUCUCCCGAGCCGCCGAGCUGGAGCUGGAGCUGGAACUCCGCGGGGCCGGGGCCCCGGGUGCCGGGCAGCGGCUCCUCCAGGCCGAGGCCGCGGCGGAGAAUGAGGCGGUGGCGGGUUCCCGGCGGAGCCGCCGGGCGGGAAGCAUGCUGCGCUGGUUCAUCACCGUGAUCCUGUGUGCCGCCUUCCUGGGUCUGGGAAUGAGUGUCGCUAUACUGGGACCCACAUUUCAAGAUCUGGCCACAAAUGUGAACCGCAACAUUAGCAGUCUUUCUCUGAUUUUUGUGGGCCGUGCCUUUGGCUAUUUGAGUGGCUCUGUGAUUGGCGGAGUUCUUCUUGACGCCAUGAAUCAUUUUCUACUCUUGGGGGUGUCAAUGUUGGCCACGACAGUUGGUCUCUAUCUUGUUCCGUUCUGUAAGACAGCGGGAUUGCUGAUUGUCAUGAUGUCCAUCUUUGGUGUUUCAAUUGGCAUUCUGGAUACAGGUGGUAACGUCCUAAUCUUGGCCAUAUGGGGGGACAGAGGAGCCCCACAUAUGCAGGCCUUACACUUCAGUUUUGCCUUGGGUGCCUUCUUGGCUCCACUACUGGCUAAACUGGCAUUGGGCACGACGGGGUCUGCUGACAACCACACGGAAGCUGACUCUCACAGUUCCCUCAACCAGUCGUCUGAAGCUGACUCAGAAUCUCUACUUGGAGUACCUGACAAUCUGAAUUUACUGUGGGCUUACGCUGUUAUCGGUACCUACAUUUUUGUAGUUUCGGUCUUUUUUUUGGCUCUGUUUUUGAAGAAAAGCUCAAGGCAGGAAAAAACCAAAGCAUCAGCUCAGAGGUCUCGGAGAGCGAAAUAUCACAACGCCCUUCUGUGUCUGCUUUUUCUGUUCUUCUUUUUUUAUGUGGGGGCCGAGGUAACCUAUGGCUCUUACGUUUUCUCGUUCGCGACCACCCACGCCGGCAUGAAGGAGAGUGAAGCAGCUGGGUUGAACUCCAUCUUCUGGGGGACCUUUGCGGCCUGCAGGGGCCUGGCGAUCUUCUUUGCUACGUGUUUACAACCUGGAACCAUGAUUGUGUUAAGCAACAUCGGCAGCCUGGGGUCAUCUUUACUGCUGGUGCUUUUCGACAAGAGCCCAGUUUGUCUCUGGAUAGCAACGUCGGUGUAUGGGGCCUCGAUGGCAACCACGUUUCCCAGCGGUGUUUCUUGGAUUGAGCAAUACACCACCAUCCAUGGGAAAUCCGCAGCUUUUUUUGUAGUUGGUGCUGCCCUGGGAGAAAUGGCUAUUCCUGCGGUAAUUGGAAUUCUUCAAGGAGAAUACCCUGAUUUGCCUGUAGUUUUGUAUACCUCUUUGGGGGCAUCGAUAGCCACUGCUGUUUUAUUUCCUGUGCUCUAUAAACUCGCCACCUCACCUCUCGAUCCACAGCGGAAAGAACACAGAAAAAGCGAGGACCAGAAAGCUUUGCUUUCUAGUUCUGAGCUAAAUGACUACGAGGAAGACAAUGAAGAAGAAGAUGCAGAAAAGUGGAACGAAAUGGAUUUUGAAGUGAUUGAAAUGAAUGAUACAAUGAGGAAUUCCGUAAUAGAGACAUCUAGAAAUAUUCUGACGGAGCCCUUAGCUGAAGUCUCCAGUCACUCCCACUCCAGUGCGGUGGUGUUGGAGUCCUCUCCAGUUAAUACUGGCAAGUCCCCUGUGAAUCACUUGCAAGAAACCAGGCUAAAAGGGACUAACACCUAGAGAAGUUGGAUUAUUUACUGACCUCCUUGAAUAGUCUCCAGUUCUAAAGAAGCCAGUCAGAGCAGAGCCUUAACGGAUUUUCAACAUGCUUUGGGGAAUCAAAAUUUCUAGCUCAGAGUACGUUUAGCAAAUGCUAAAAAAGUUUUGGGAGGUUCUGUAAUUCCCGGACUUUUCCAUAAAGAACAAAUGGUCUCAUACAGCAGGAUCUUGUUGUGAGGCUAGUGUUGUGAGGCACGUGGCCGAGUCAGUAAUGUUUUAUGGUCUCCAUCCCUCAGAGCGUGCAAAGAAGGUGUUUGUUGUUGAGAGGUUGGGUGCCAUUGUAAAUAGCGUGUGAAGCCGUCUAGCAUUUGAAUCGAUGAGCCGAACAAAUGAUCAGUCAUCAGUGUUCUGCCAGGGAAGUUGACGAGUGUCGUUUCAUAAAAGAGCAACUUUGCAAGUGGACAGGGAUUUUUUUCAUUGCUUUGCCCUCUCUGUAGUAGCGCGCCAGAAAACGCUAAUCCUCAUUUGAUUUCUGAUUUCUAUGAAGAGAACACAGAACGGGACCCCGAGAGACCUGGCUUCAAACCUCGACUGCUGCUUCCUGCUUAUCUGGUCCUGCACUCAGUCACUUAACUUACGCAGGCCUCAUUUAUCUUCUCUCCUGACCUGUGAUUCCAAAAGUGAAACUGAGGUGGUUUUCAAACUAGGAAUCCAUAAGUUUUUUUAUUUAAAGUAUGUGCAAGGGGGAAAAAAAAAGUUUGUGCAAGAUGUCUGUUAGAAAUUAAUAUAAGUGCCAUCCAUUCUUCCUUUCAAAUGAGAAAUGAAGCAAAGUUGAUAGUUUUAAGCAUAGUACCAAUUGUGAAUACGUGUCAGUUUAAGAGACUCCAUGUUUAAUAAUGAUUUGCAAAACACAUUUUUAGUAUUUCAUCCAUUCUAAGAUGCACCUUUUUUUCCACAUUUAUUUUCACAUUUUUAACAUCUCUGAAAUCAGACUUUGUCUUACAUUCAGUAGUCUCUUAACACUGACAAAAUUUAACUGAUGGUUGUCCAUGUACAUAUAUGAAGUAAUGUUGCAUGUUACAAUCAGUGUCUUAAACAGUAAUCCAUUCAGUUAUGGAGAUUUUACUAUUUUUACAGCUAUUUUAAAGAGAAAAGUUAUUUUUAUAUGCUGACUUUCUUGAUGUUCAAGCAGGAUUUGGAGGCGCGAUGUUCCGACUUGAAAAGCUGUUUCUUCAGAGUUACUAUGUUAGUACAGCUGUGGACAGUGUCUUCCUUAGCAACAGGCUCUGGGUCUGAGCCUUGCAUUUCCAGGACUCGCAUUUCCAGUGUCUACCUGAGCCUUGCAUUUCCAGGACUUGCUCCUCGUUGAGUCUGGCUGGUAAUCACAUUGUUAACACUGUAAACUAGGCUGCUAGUUUGAUUUACAAAGAGGCACAGUCUUUUCCAGUGUUGGGAAUAUUUGUAUCACCCAUCUAGGGCUCUUCCUUUCUGAGUUUGAAACAUCUGGGAAACCAAAAUAAUGAGUAGAAAGUGGCUUGAUAGCUUAGGGGUCCAGGGAUCACAAAGGGUACUUCAUAGGAGCGUGGCAAAUGACUAGCACUGAUGAUAGUUUUUCUUAGUUUUAUGGUGAAUAACAGUUAAUUUCCACUCGAUUGCGGUAUGUUUGCUUUCUCUUAUCUCAUUUCUAUAAUUUUGCCUUUGUUUUUUUCCUAAGCGAAAUACGGUAUCUUUCUUAACCACUGCCCACUCACCUUCUCUACCUGCUGCGAUAAUCGUUUAUGUUAAUAAUCUAGCACUUUUGGAGAAGGCUGGUGGGGAAAUGUACAGUAAAACGCCUAUUCUUGCUCUUUUUAUAUUGUACUUCUGGCUGGAACUUGGAGACCACCACUGCUGCAUUUAGUGCGUUUUCUCAGGUUGGUGGAAUUUAGGCAGUUGCUACUGUUUGGCAGCCGGGAGGCUUGCUGGAACAGGGAUUCUGCCUGUAGCAUCUACGUUUGAGGGGUAGAAGAUGCAGCUCGGGGAGAGAAGGAUGAUAAUAAGAACAUGGCAGCAAAUUUGGAAAUCCAAACUGGAAAAUCCACUAGGGUUCCACAAACCAAAAUGUGAAUGGCCAUGUGAGAUUAUAGGCAUUGUGAAAGUUUGAUGAUGUAUUUCCAUAUUGGAAGGAUAAGACUUAGUACAAUUCCAAGAAUUAGCAUUCAUCCUAAGCAGUUCUUAGGUAAGUGUCUGUUGAUCUGUGAGUAACCAAGAGUGAAGCUCUCUCUUGCUGAAGAGCAGAUUUAGCAGUUUGGACAUUUAUUAUCUCACAGUUUCUUGGGUCAGGAAUUUGGGCAUGACUUCCCCGGAUCCUCUGCUCAGGGUCUCGUGGGGCUGCGGUCAAGUCGUUGGGUAGGGCUGUGCUCCUUUCUGGAGCAUCGGGUUCUCUUCCAGGGUCAUGUGUGUGAUGGUUGACAAUCCUCAGUUCCUUGCUGUGGUAGGCUGAGGUCCCUGUUGUUUUGCUGUCAGCCAGCACCGGUACCAAUUCCCAGAACCUCCCAUGGGUUUUUUUUUUUUUUUUUUUUUUUGCCAAGCAGGCCUCUGUAGAUCCUCUCACAACAUGGCAGCCUAUUUCUUCAAAGCCAGCAGGAGAAUCUCUCACCUGAGUCCACUCUGCUGGAAUCUUCUAUAACAUAAUCACAGGAGUGACCUCCCGUCACCUUUUCCAUCUGUGCUUGGUGGGAAGCAAGUCAUAAAUUCUACCCAAACUCCAGGGGAGAGGCUAAUACAGAGAUGUGACUCAUAGGGGGUCGCCUUAGAGUGUGUUUGCUAUGCUCUGGUACCUAUAGAACCAAGGUUUAAGAGAACUAAAAAGUUUGAGCUGGGGAAAAGAAACCCUCAGAAGUCAAUGAAAGUGAUAUGGGUACCAAACCGAGUGAACUAAUGUGGGGAUGGAAGGCUCCCCAUAGCCCAGGCCAACAAACCUGAUAGGGGAGAAUCUCUUUGUUUGUGGGGUACUGGAUAGGCUAACUCCGAGUUACGCCUUUUUUUCCCUUGACAUUUUAUGUCCUUUACCACUAUGCUUUUAGCCUGUUCAAAUGCAGCUUACUAUGAGGGAAAUAGGUAAAUUUCAGUUUAAUUGUAUUUUCAUAGUAAAGUCCAAGAAGAUGUUGAGAGCAUUUUUCAAUUACUCUUCUUUUUUAAAGAAAAAUUGUUUUCAAAAAUCAGUUUUUAUAGAUUUUUAAAAUAUUUAUUUAUUUUUGAGAGACACAGAAUAUG